CUCCGACCCGCAGCGGGAAGCGCCUGCACCGGAGUCACGCCGGAGUCACACCGGCUCGCGGGGGUGACACACGCCGAUCGGGCCGACACGCCUCGGUUGGCAGUAACAGCCCCUCUCCAGGGGUCCCCUAAUGUCCGGCCGUCACUGAAUGCAGGGCCGGGGCCGGAGCACCCGGCACAGACACCAGCUCACCUGUUGACAGGACGGGAGGAGCCGGAGCCUGUACCGACACAAGCCUGUCAGCAGUUCUCUGUGUGAAGUAACAGACUGGAUGUGGUAGAAUACCCUACAGUGCACCAGUACCAAGAGUGGUCUCCGCACUGAGGAAUGCACCCCACCAGUAUGACAGCAUCAGUCCUUCCUUCUCCCUGGCUCUGCAGCUCUUCUUUCCUCUCCCUGGGUCCAUGCAGAGCGCCUUCAUUUCCUGGACAAAGCAGGUUUGUGGAAGAAUGUAGAAGAUAGCAACAUGGACAAAAAACUCCAUUAUGUUAAACAAGAGCUGCUCCGAAGGGAAAUUCCUCCAGUCUUGUUGGUGCUGCUGCUUCUCACUGUGCUGCUCCUGAAUUUCCUUCUGUACAUGCAUCUCAACAAUUUCUCCGUCACCACCGGGCAGCCUGACGUGGACUCCAGCCUCUGCCCAUUUGGGUACUUCAGAUUAGGACCAUUGAAAAAUUGCUCGCCGUGGCUGUCUUGUGAAGCCAUAAAUACAGAAGUCAGGAAACUGAAGUGUGUUGGUGAAGGGGCUGUGAAAAAGGUCUUUCUUUCUGAAUGGAAGGAAAACAAAGUAUCCCUUUCCCAGCUUGCCAACUCAGAGCUGAAGGAAGAUUUUCUUCAUGGACUGAAGAUGCUGAAGUCUCUCCAGAGCAAGUAUGUUGUCAGACUGCUUGGCUAUUGCGAGAAGCAGUUCACAAUCCUUACCCAGUAUCACCCAUUAGGCUCCCUGAAGAGCCUGAAUGAAAUGCUGGACCUUCCCAGAUAUAAGGGCUUGAAUACUUGGCAUCGCAGAUUCAUGCUCGCAAUAGACUAUGUGAGCAUCAUCCAUUAUUUGCACAACAGUCCUUUGGGCACCUUAGUAAUGUGUGAUUCCAAUGACUUGGACAAGGUGUUAUCGCAAUAUCUGCUGACAAGUGACUUUCAUGUUCUGGUGAAUGACUUGGAUGCCUUGCCUCUCGUGAACAAGAGUGCUGGCAGACUGGUGAAGUGUGGCCAUCGGGAGCUCCAAGGCGAGUUUGUAGCUCCUGAACAGCUUUGGCCCUAUGGGGAGGAGGUGCCAUUUGAAGAUGACCUCAUGCCUCCAUAUGAUGAGAAGACGGACAUAUGGAAAAUCCCUGAUGUCUCCAAUUUUUUCUUGGGUCACGUUGAAGGGAGUGAUAUUGUCAGGUUCCAUUUGUUCGACAUCCAUGCAGCAUGUAAGAAGAAGAACCCAGCUGAAAGGCCUUCCGCCCAGAUGGUCAUGGACACAUACAGGAAAAUUUUAACGUUGCUGCUCAGAGAGGCUGCCAUGCCUGGUACCAGGGAAAUGUUAUAAACGACUGUGAGAAGACAUACAUGUACUCUGGUUGAUGUCCUUUUAUUUAUUUAGCACCCACAGGGUGCUAGGUCCUUUACAAACUGGUAGCAGGACAAGGUCUCUACCCAAAGAACAAAGGAGACAAAAUUGACACUUGUGAUGGUUUGGAAAAAGAAGCACCCAAGGAACAGGCUCCAACAAGCUUAUGCAGUCUGUCUGAUUGGCAAAGUAUGUGGAGCCAGGUUCUGGCUGUCUGCAGGUUCAUCUGUGCCCAAGGUCUGAUAUGGGGUAGUUCCGUUGACUGAAGAGGACUUUGGAGCAGACUGUAGACGGACAAUCUCAAUAGCAACCAGCACAUUUGUAUUUUUUAUAGAAGCUUGAACAUCUUUUUCCAUGUCCCAUCAACUUUCACACAGAGUUGAAUAAAAACUGAGAAAGCAA